UGUAAACAACGCCUUUUUCUUCUUUUCUCCGUCCGGCCAUCAACCCCUCAGUGGUUUCUUUCGUCGUUCUUCUUUAUUUCUCCGUUCUCUUCCUUCUACAUGCUUUUGGUCUCUACUUGUUUGGUUUCAGUAUAGAGGAACAUCCCAAGUCGGCCAUCAUGGCGGGGAAAGAAGCCGGUGCGGAGACGCCUUACAUCGAGAUCAAUUUGGAUACGGAUCCUCUACAAGCCGACCGCCAGCUACAACUGGCUCUUCACCUGAACGCCAGUCGCACCGAGUUCAGUCCCAGUCCGUCGUAUACGCCUUCUCGAAAGCACUCGCGGUCAAGCAGCUAUUCCGACUCGUCUGAUUACUGCUCCUCAGACGUGUCUGGUCGCUUUGACGACGCAGAGGAACUCGACUCUCCCGACCGAUACCAGGGCAACAGCACCAACAACAACAACGACAACACACCAUCCACGCAUUCAGCCAAGCGACGCCGAUCCAACGAUUGGCCUCGCGACCGAACCCAGCAAAAUCCGACGACCGAAGAAGGGACCUCGAACGAUACAGGCGACAACAGCACCAAUAACCAUAAUCGCUGGCGCAUUUACCCCCAUAGCAACGGUCGCAAAACAAGCUACAACGGUUCCCCGCGUGCAUCAUCUGCAGCUUCCUGCAGACUUGGGCGCCCCGACUCUCGGCCCCGACGGUCGCGGUUCGUCGAGGCCAAGAUGAACGAUAGUGUCAGUGAGAGGCCGCCGAGUAUCUUUCUGCGCGACGAGGCCAAGUCUGCCGGGGACGGUGUCACACACCGGAACUCGGGGAUCUUUCGGUUCGGAAAGGCGAUCGCUUCGGCUUUCAACCCCUUUGGUGUGUGGGGGAAUGUGACGGAGAUCUGGAAGGCUCAGGAGGCGAAUCCAGAGGAGAAUGACCCUCUUGCUCAGGCCGAGAGGGCUUAUGCGGAGCUGAAGAAGGCUGGGUAUAAGGGGACCGUGAAAGGGAGUUAUAUGCAGCAACAGCAGCAGCAGCAAGGCAACCAGUCCGGGCCCGGUGGCCUUCCAGACGAGACUUGGAAAGCGAUCCAGGAGAAGAUGGACUACAGACCGUCUUCGGGGCAUCAUUCGAGGCAGGGCUCUGGGGACAGUUUUUCUUCGAUCCGGUCGACGUUUCAUGAUCUUCGAAAGGCCAAGUCCUCUUUGGGUAUUCUUUCUGUCCCUCAGCGCGAUGUAUCAUCCCCGGCUCCGAUUAUUCCCUAUUCGGAUAGACAAUCUCAAGACUUGGAAGGGUUCUCAGGGGUGCGGAAGCAGAAAUCCCGCAAGGAUAUGCUGCGACAGGCCAGGCUGUUGAAGAAGGUCAGCAACCUGGAGGACAAACUGUCGAAAGCCAGGCGGGAACUGCGCGGCUUGACUGGAGAAGAAGAGGUGCCCCCUCCCCCUCCGAGGACUUUAUGUCUGGAAAACAAGCCCUAUCCUAGAAAAUUCGUGCCCGGGGCACUUCCAACACUUCCCUCGGAGAGACUCUUGAACGAGCACCUUGUCUCAUCCCCUGAACCUCAACCUCAACCUGACCUUGAACUUGAGCCGGCCCCUUCCAGUGAGAUGUCUGAGAAUCUUCUGCAAAUCACCGAAGGCCCAGGAAACGAAUCGGACUGUCUGGCGGUCACCAAAAAUACUUCUGCGACACUUCCACCAAAGCCAUCCACGGAUUCCAAAUUAUCCACUGUGACCGCUGACAGCCCUUCUCGCAAGAGAAAGUCUCCGGAUCCUGCCUCCAUUUCGAAAACCAAGGGAUCAACAUCUAACCAGAAGGAGUCUUCCACCAACGACGAUGAAGGUGGCAGGUCAGCUGGUUCUGGUCAGACUCCCAGAUCGCGAAAGGCAAAGUUACCCAAGAUGGGCACAAGCGACAGUCCAGGGUCCGUCGAACGCAGACAGUCGAAAGAACAGAUCUGGUCAGAUUACAGCGACAACUCAACCACUGGGAAAAAGUCGCAGUUCCUUGUCCCGCCCAUUUCAAGGUCGCCUUCGUCCUCGCCGCGCAAACCAUCUCCCAAUUCAAGGAUAAACACCGCCCCAUGUCUCCGCGCGAAAAAGGCACAGAACAAUCUUCGUUCCGCAAGCGCCAACUACUCUCCCGACAAAGAGAACUACCAAGGCGAGGCCCUAAAGCCCUCUUUCUACAUGCAAGGGCAGCUUCACCUCGACCCAGAUCAGAUCAUAUCACCCAAGUCUAGCCCGAGUCCCGCUCCCAACCGGAAACGAGAGAACAGUCAGCGUGACUCGAUUCCACCUGUUCCUCCACUCCCCAAGGAUCUCGCAGCCACGGCAGCCAAGGUAGACAGACGCUUGGCCAGAGAAAUUGAGAAGCGGAAGCAGACGCACUCGAGAAAACUCAAGGCACAGCCCAGCCUCCAGGAGCCGAAAGUUGAUGACAAUUGGAAAUGGCCUGAUGAUAUCUUCUAAGCAAGAAGAAACCCAACCAAAACCACAUGAUGAAUAUGACGACUUUUACGACAGAAAAGAGAAAACCCAGACUCGAAUGCAUAUGCAUGUUUUGAUUUCCCUCUGAUGGAUAGGGAAAUCGCACAUUGAAGCGAUGAUUUGAUGUUGGCAAUUGAUAAUGAUAUCCGUUGUUUUUUUUUUUUUUCUUUUUUCCUUUGAUGCUAUGUUAUGUUAUGCUUAUGUUUGUUUUUUUGUAACGCAUUUCCUUUAUCUUUUUUUCUUUUGUCUUUUUGAUGAACGUUGGAACGCAGUAUGGCGAAGUAGGAGUCAAAAUCUGGUUUAUUUCUUUUCAUAGUCAUGAUGAUGUUUUCUUUGAUAGGCGUAAACAAAACUCAUCUACAUCUCUUCUCGAACUGUACAGUAUUCCACUAUCUAAUCACAAGAUCGCUGUAGCGUUUCCAUGAGAAG